GCCAACGGCCAUUUCACUUGCACACAUCUCAAUAACCCCCGCCAGUUUGUUCUCACCACAUUGAAACUCUCAAAUACUCUCAUAUUUCCUAUAAACCAUCUCAAAUCUACAAAAUUCUCCACGCCAAUUACUUCAAAUACAAGUCACAAAUGAAUCACUCAAUUUAUUUGGAGAUUAUAUGAUGCAAAUCCGUUCAAAUUGAUGGGUUACUCAAUGUUUUCAAUGGUAUGUAUUCUUCAUUCUACCAUUGCAAUUUUAUGCGGGGCUUCAAUUAUGUUCUAUCAUUACGAAAUAUCGGUUCUUGGUCACGGUCUAGAAACCGCACAAAAACUUAUAGGUUCGACACCGAAUGACCAAUUAUUGAUCCAAAUAUCCGCUUCAUUUUCAGGUUUGCUUCUGUUUGUAAUUGGUUUUUUAGUGUUGAUGGUGGCAUUUGUUAGAAAUGGAAAAUUUCAAAGUUUUUUUGCUAAAGGGUGUGUGGUUUUACAUUUUGUUAUGGCUAUUUGGAGGUUUAGUUUUGAGAGGAGGGUUGAGGAUUUAGCUUGGCAUUGGCCUAAGCAAGUGAUUGGAGAUUUGAUGUUGGCACUUUCUUGGGUAUUCUUUUUGGUGUAUAGUUGGAGAGAAAAGUAUGAUUAAUUAAAGUCUCUUUCCGUGA